ACAAUUAAGUUAUAAAAUUUAGAAGAAAAUGACUUCGCAUGGUGAAGGCAUCGAAGAGGAGAAAAUAUCGAGAAUUGAGAAAGGCAUAGAAAAAGAUUGUCAUGGAGGAAUCGAGAGAGUCAUAUGUUCUUCUCCCAGCAUUGUUUGCCUUACACAAAAGUUGAUAGCAGAGUUGAUUGGGACGUAUUUCAUAAUAUUUUCUGGAUGUGGAGUGGUGGUGGUGAAUGUGUUGUACGGUGGAAAAGUAACGUUUCCAGGGAUAUGUGUGACUUGGGGUCUAAUUGUUAUGGUCAUGAUUUACUCUAUCGGUCACAUCUCCGGUGCACAUUUUAAUCCUGCAGUCACCAUUACUUUCGCUGUUUUCCGGCGGUUUCCUUGGUAUCAGGUACCAUUGUACAUUGGUGCACAACUUUCUGGAUCGUUACUUGCGAGUUUGACACUUAGACUUAUGUUCAAUGUCACACCCGAAGCUUUCUUCGGAACAACUCCGGCUGAUUCAGUGGCACGAGCGCUCGUCGCAGAGAUCAUUAUCUCAUUCCUCCUCAUGUUUGUUAUCUCCGGUGUCGCCACUGAUAGUCGUGCGAUUGGAGAAUUAGCUGGAAUUGCGGUAGGGAUGACUAUAAUAUUGAACGUCUUUGUAGCCGGACCGAUUUCUGGAGCAUCAAUGAAUCCAGCAAGAAGUCUUGGACCAGCAAUAGUGAUGGGAGUAUAUAAAGGAAUUUGGAUUUACAUUGUUGGUCCUAUCGUCGGUAUCAUGGCCGGAGGUUUUGUUUACAACUUUAUAAGAUUUACGGAUAAACCACUCCGAGAACUAACUAAAAGCGCUUCUUUCCUUCGUAGCGCUUCUCCUGGUCCUAACAGCUAA